UUGUGGUCUUAAACACAGAAAAGGUAUUCAAGUUGUAAGCAGUCCUGUGAGACCAUGGCUAAACUGAGAAGCUUGUUGCUUCUCUUUUUCUCAUGUUUUAGCAUGCAAGCUCUGCUUUCUUGUUCUGCAGAGACACUGAUCUCUACGAUGAAGCAAGGCCAACAGCUGAGUGAUCUGGCUUCUGAUCAUCUGGUUUCGGAUAACGGGUUCUACAAGGUGGGAUUCUUCAGUCCGGGCUUUGCUAGUAACCUUGGUGCUACCACUAAGCGUUUCUUGGGAAUAUGGUACAGCAAACUACCAAAUCAUCCUGAUGCAAUCUGGGUGGGAAACCCGGAAUCCCCGAUCAACGAUUCAUCUGCAGUGUUUAUGUUGGAUAGCGAUGGGAAGCUGAAGAUUGUAUAUGAUGGAGGCCUCAUAUAUGUGUCAGAUGUAAAUAAAACAGGUUCUGGUAAUGUCACUCUCUCUUUACUUGGUACUGGAAAUCUUGUGUUGAGAGAAGUAGAUUCUAAUGGAGCAGCUGGAAAUGUUUUAUGGGAAAGUUUUAGCAAUGCAUCAAACACAUUGUUGCCUGGAAUGAAGUUAGGAAGGAACCUCAAGACUGGAGAGAAUUGGACUAUUUCUUCAUGGUUGAGUGAUCAGUCCCCUGCACCAGGUGCUUUCAAGCUCGGUGUCGAUCCCAGUGGCGCUGACCAGUUGAUCGUCUGGCGGCGAGAGGAGGUAUACUGGAGCAGUGGAAUCUGGGUAAAUGGAAAUUUUCUAGACGCCCCUGAAUUGACGAAAAGGGAUGAUUUGUUCUGGUUCACUUUUGUUUCAAACAGUGAGGAAAAGUACUUCUCUUAUUAUCUGAAGAACAAUCUCACUCUUGAUGAUCCAGAAAACAAUACUACUAUAUCAAGGUGGGAACUAAAUCCCUGGGGGCAAAUUUUGGAGUCAAUUCUAUCUGCAAACGGUAGUACAUGGGAAACCACAACUAUCAGCCCUUGCACAUUUAACCCUAAGUAUCCUGAUGCAGUUUGCAUAGAGGAGAAGACCUCAGAAUGCAGGAAUGGGUCUGAGCUGUUUGUUCCAACAAACGGCUUUCUGAAUGGAACUGAAUUCACAUACAGUGAUAACAGUACUAACUUGGCUCUGAGUGAUUGUCAUUCUACUUGCUGGAGCGAUUGCACCUGUAUCGGCUAUCAACCAAUAUACACCAAUGGCUCUGGAUGUCUGUUUUUAAAGGAAGGAGCAAAGUUUGUUCCGAAUGAUUACUUUGGAGUUACUUAUCUCCUAACAAUAGCGACGAAAGAUGGAAGUUCAAAAAAAAGAUGGUGGAUAUGGUGCAUCAUAGGCAUUUUGGUUGGCUUGGCACUGCUACUUGCAAGCUACUUAUGCUACUGCUACACAAGGAAAAGAAGACUUAAGCAAGAAACUGCAAAGGUGGAAAUAAGUCAAGAGCACAGAUUACUUGAGUUGAGGUCUCAACCGUCCGAGAUUGAGGAAAUAUACAGGCUCAAAAUAGGCAAAAGGAGAGGACAGGAGUUUAAGAUGUACACUUUUUCAGAAAUAGUGGCUGCAACAGAUGAGUUUUCGUUUGCCAGCAAACUAGGAGAGGGUGGUUUUGGACCAGUUUACAAGGGGGUACUACCAAAUGGGCAACAGGUAGCAGUAAAGAGACUUGCAAGACAGUCAGGACAAGGACUAAAAGAAUUUAUGAACGAGAUUACACUUAUCGCUGAACUUCAACAUAGUAAUCUUGUUCAGCUUUUAGGUUGUUGCAUUCAAGGAGAAGAGAAGAUUCUGAUCUACGAAUUCAUGACAAAUACAAGUUUGGAUGUGUUCCUCUUUGAUUCCACUAGAGGGAAGCUUUUAGAUUGGCAAACUCGCGUCAAUAUUAUUGAAGGGAUUGCACAAGGACUUCUUUAUCUUCACAAGUAUUCUAGAGUCAGAGUCAUACACAGAGAUCUCAAACCUAGUAACAUUUUACUAGAUGAAAACAUGAACCCUAAGAUAUCAGAUUUUGGAAUGGCCAGAAUUUUCACACAGAAUGAAUCUAGAGCAAAUACUAACAGAGUUGUUGGAACAUAUGGUUAUAUGUCUCCAGAAUAUGCCAUGAAUGGCAUAUUCUCUGAGAAGUCAGAUGUAUAUAGCUUUGGAGUUUUACUGUUGGAGAUCGUGAGUGGACAAAAGAACACUAUGUUUGUUUCAUCUACUGCUCUCAGCCUUCUUGAACAAGCCUGGCAUUUGUGGAAACAAGGUGAUACUCGGGACCUGGCAGACACAUCACUGGACUCAUGCCCUAAGGACCAAGUUUCAAAAUUUGUUCAUGUUGGGCUCUUAUGUGUUCAAGAACAUACAAUGGAUAGACCUACAAUGUCAGAAGUGAUAUCCAUGCUUACAAGCGACAUCAUGUUUUUGCCUGAUCCGAAACAACCUGCCUACGGCGUCUCAAGAAGUGAAGCUGGGUCAUCACUCCCUGAUGGAAGAUCGGAUAUUGAUUCCAUAAACGGUGUAUCCAUAACCGUGAUGGAUGCUAGAUAA